AUAAAGAACAAUGAAUAAUUAGUUACAAUUGCUAACAAACAAAUUAAGGACUUUCGGUUUUGUAAAUAACCUUUGUCUUAUACAGGAUCAGUCAUUUACCCACUAGACGAGAGAAAAAGCAUAAACUUUACGAGCUUUCCUGUAAGAGUGGUUAAAAUGUCUAAACACAUAAAAUUCAGUGGCGACUGUGACGAUAAUAUUGAAUUAUCAAAUCACCAAACUGUCGCUACAUGGAAACCCGUUAAUUCCGGUGGAUUUGCAUUUAGUGAAUCUGAACUACGACCUGGUGAUAAUAUUACAUUCAAAGUAGAAGGUAGCGGCCGCUGUGAUGUUGGUUUGUUAAUGGGUAGUAAAGAUCAAUGUUACUUCAGCUACUCACACGAAAUACGGGUACAUCGAAAAGCAUGCAUUGUAGAAAUUCAUUUCAAUGAAACUGGCAAUCAGGUUUGUUUUGAAUAUGACCAGAGAAAGGAAUAUAUACCAACGGAAAAGCAGACGAAAUUUUGGAUUGUCGCUUGCAUCCAAUACGGCGACCUGUGUGUUGAACUUAUGUCACAAAAUGAUUCCUUAUCUAAGUUCUGUUCCACAGACAAAGGGAAAAAUGUCAGACUAAGUGAAGAAAAAUCAAAAUGUUUCUCAAUAAGCAAAAAUCCGGCGUCAAAGUGUUUCCUAUCUGAACAGAUAAGACCAGGCAGCAAAGUUUUGCUCAAAUGUUCGCCGGUAACAGAAGGUAGACGAAAAAUUUGCCAACGCGAAUUAAAAGUCUUUGUUAGUAACAAGGAUCCAGCAUGUUCCCAAAAGUUUCCCUUAGUUCUAAUUGAAACACUGGGAAAACAAGAUUGCGAUGGUACGCUGAUUAUUUUCCUUUCAGAUUGCAGAAGAAUCGAGUACAAAACUCCGUCAGGGAAACGAAAUGCACAAAAUUUAGACUUUGACAUUACAAACGGGAUUUGGGUUAUAUUCGAGUUGUAUGGCGUGAAGAUUGGUGAAGUACAGGAAACAGUUGCUGAAUCUAUUGAUGAUGUCUGCGGAAAUAAUCAGGUAGAUAGUGUAUGUAAUUAUCUAAGGCAGAAAGACAAUGACUUAUCUGAACAAUCAGUGAACAAAAAUAAUGGAAAUAAUGAUAACAACAGACGAGAACGACAUCGUGUUUUCCGUUCUGAACGAAAAGAAGCAAAUAAAGCAAAUUGUAAAAAGAAUAACGGUGAAAGGUUUAACAUACAGACACACUACUUGGACCUUGCUCAUGACAUAGAUACCAUCAAUUUUAGCGGACACUUGUUGAUGCGUAAUAUAAUAUCAUUUCAGCAAAUGGAUAAAAUCCGUAAGCUGCACAAUCAAGACACGGUCAAUGCCAACAUGGAACUGCUACAUAUAAUGCGUACAAAACAAAUAAACAAAUGCGACAUAGACGAAAUUGUUGACAAAAUUGGUCAGCAACACCUGCUGAAAUAUUUCUAUCCCGAAUAAGAAAGAAAGA